CCGUGAGGCCCGCCGGCCAGCCAAUCAGCAGACGAGCGGCCGUCGGCGCGAGUGUGGGGGGCGGCCGGGGGUGGGGCUUGCGCGAGCGUCGGAACUGUGGGCGCUGCGAAGAGCGAGGCUGGGGUUGAAAAUUGGCAGUCCUGAGACUUUCAGACUGAAAAAGACUUCUCUCUCUCACUGACAGUCUCCAUCAUGAUUCAUAGCCUUUUCUUGAUCAACUCCUCUGGAGAUAUUUUCCUGGAAAAACAUUGGAAAAGUGUGGUCAGCCGUUCUGUCUGUGAUUACUUUUUUGAGGCACAAGAGAGAGCUACUGAGGCAGAAAAUGUACCUCCAGUUAUUCCGACUCCUCACCACUAUCUCUUAAGUGUUUACCGUCACAAGAUCUUUUUUGUGGCUGUGAUCCAGACAGAGGUCCCACCGCUGUUUGUCAUUGAAUUCCUUCACCGAGUAGUGGACACGUUUCAGGAUUAUUUUGGAGUCUGUUCAGAGCCAGUGAUCAAAGACAAUGUGGUUGUGGUUUAUGAGGUACUGGAAGAGAUGCUUGACAAUGGGUUUCCAUUGGCUACCGAGUCAAACAUCCUCAAAGAACUGAUAAAGCCUCCCACUAUCCUUCGAACGGUUGUCAACACCAUAACAGGAAGCACCAAUGUGGGUGACCAGCUUCCUACUGGGCAGCUGUCAGUGGUGCCCUGGCGACGGACUGGGGUGAAAUACACUAACAACGAGGCCUAUUUUGAUGUGAUCGAAGAGAUUGAUGCCAUCAUUGAUAAAUCAGGUUCCACAAUUACUGCUGAGAUCCAGGGGGUGAUUGAUGCCUGUGUCAAGCUGACUGGAAUGCCAGACCUUACGCUUUCCUUCAUGAAUCCCAGGUUGUUGGAUGAUGUCAGCUUCCAUCCUUGUGUCCGUUUCAAGCGCUGGGAAUCUGAGCGUAUCCUCUCCUUCAUUCCUCCUGAUGGAAACUUCCGCCUGCUCUCUUACCAUGUCAGUGCACAGAAUCUGGUGGCAAUUCCAGUGUAUGUCAAACAUAACAUCAGUUUCCGGGAUAGUAGUUCACUUGGACGCUUUGAAAUAACGGUGGGACCGAAGCAGACUAUGGGGAAGACCAUAGAGGGAGUGAUUGUCACCAGCCAGAUGCCCAAAGGGGUCCUGAAUAUGAGCCUCACUCCAUCUCAGGGGACACAUACAUUUGACCCAGUUACCAAGAUGCUGUCUUGGGAUGUAGGAAAGAUAAAUCCCCAAAAGCUACCAAGUUUGAAGGGGACCAUGAGUCUUCAGGCUGGAGCUUCCAAACCAGAUGAGAACCCCACAAUUAACCUGCAAUUUAAGAUCCAGCAGCUGGCCAUUUCUGGACUCAAGGUGAAUCGUCUGGAUAUGUAUGGGGAAAAGUACAAACCCUUUAAGGGCAUAAAAUACAUGACCAAAGCUGGAAAAUUCCAAGUUCGAACCUGAAGGGAGAGUUUUGCAAAAAGAACAUUCACGAAUGCUUUUUUGUUUCUUACUUGUCUAAAAGUAAAAAGUAAUCAGCCUGUCUCCUAGGUCAGUAUCCCCUUUUGGACCCACCCACUCCCUUUUUUCCUUAGCCUGCAGUGCCGUGGAGCUAAUCAAGGGAGAGAAGGGUUGCCAGGGAGAACCGGACCGAAGUCAAACACAAUCAGCACCAACUCAGUUCUGAGAGAAGAGCUGUGUGACAGAGGGUAGAGAUACCUAAUGCCAUAUUGAACUAUUUUGAACAUGGUUACCAUAGAAAAGGACUAGCAUUUGUUACUUGCUUGGCUUUACUUCUCUAAAGUCAAUGAAUGACUUCUGUUUGUUGUUUAAGGUGGAGAGAAAGAUAAGAAAGAAGGAAAGAAAGCUUGGAAUAAAAUGAAUGCUAGUCAAGGGAAGGCCAGCAAAGGGUCUGACCUUCGAGGGAGAAGAAAGGAAGUGGUAGUAAAGACGUGUGAGUACACGUCCACAGACGAGAGCUGGCGGGGGGGGGGGGGGGAGCAGUCAAGCCCCACCAGGAGGACGGUUGGAAAGAAUAGAAUUGAGUUGGUUUCUUUCUGAUCCCUCUACUUUGAUAUACAUAUAAAAAAAUGACUAGUACUUCUAGAAGUGAACUGGAAACUUCUUAAAUUCGGGUCCGCUAAUGACAUGGAAGACUCCAUUAGAAUCAGAUUUUCCUUUGAAGACUGCCACUAUCUGACCAGUUUUCAGAUACUAACGACUGUUAGCCUUUAGCACCUGGCCUGUCGUCUGCAGUGAGAAAGUGACCUGCCCUCUUCCUGGUGGGGGGUGCCUGAAAUGCCCCUUUCCCUAACCCAGAAGAAUUCUACUCAUGUCACAGAAUUCACCAGCCUUUUUCCUAUUCCACAAGGACAGUUUCAGAAAAGCCAAUCCCAUAAUCCCCAGGGCAGCCAGAUUCUGUGUGUCACAGUCUUGAAGUGUAGGUGGCCAACUCAUUCCUCAUGAAGUACAUCACAGCUGUAACCCAGUGGUGACUCCCUAUUUACUCUUGUCAGUGCUAGACUGGUGCUGGAGUCUAAGCCUUGCUGUCUGAAACUUUUCCAGCAGUAACCCUAAGUAAAAAAAGAAAGCUUACCGUCAAGGGGUAUGGUUCAUCCUGGAAGCUGCUCAGUAAAGUUGAUUUCCCUGGAGUCUUCUGUGCUGGACUGUAAUAGAUUGAUCAACAAUAUAUAUACCUACCUAUCCAUCUUUGUUUCAAGGCAAAAAGAAAUUCCCUAAACCUUUGAAUAAAACUGAUGUUGAAGGAAGAUGGGCCAUGCUGAUCAUGUGUAACCCAGUUUAAGGAACAUGGCAACUGAGGGAGUACCUCAGACUUUCCCAGUGGGUAAUUUUUGCUCUAGUUCGAUAUAUAUAUUAACCAUUUAAAUAUUUAUAUAAAAGACAGGUUUUUAAAUUCUUACUGCUAUAGCUUAAGGAGUGAUACUGUGCUCUGCUUCAUGCGUGGGGAAAAAUGAAGACCUAUACUCUUCAAACCAUAUAAUUUUUCUCUAAAGUCCUGUUUCUAAAUAUUUAAGUAAUUUUGUUUUGCUAGUUUUAUCUCCCUACUUCCUGGACUUGUUUUUGCUGCAGAGUAAUGUUGCUUUGUGGUUUUCCUCUGGGAUAAAUCAUGUUGUAUACAAACAGAUGUGUUCAUAGUCCAUCACUCCAGAAUUUUCCUGAACUACUAUGUCCUAUAUACACCCCUGGCAAGGUAGGGGAAACAUCUCUGCCUCUGUGAUCCCAGAAUACUUGGAAUUACUUCUCCUGAGGGCUCUGAAGGAUUUUAAGGUUUCCUAGGUCAUAGGAAACAACCAGUCUUGGUUCCUGGAUAUUUUUAGCUUUAUAAAUCCAGCUGCUAAAUUUCCUUGUGGACAGCUCACCCUAAUUUCAAGGGAAGAACUUGAGGAAAAGUAGAGUAUCUAGGGUAUGGGACCUGCGGGCCUUGGCAUAUGAAGUAACAUGUCACCUGUGUAGCAGACCUCUGGAGCCCAGUGGAGAACAUUACUGCUACCAUCCAGCAGUGUGUUAACAUUAACUAGUGCAGGGUGUUGUGAUCGAGCUGUUCAAUUCCAUAAUAUGUGUCUGACGUGGAAGUAUCUCCUAUGCUUAAGUCUUAAUAAAGUUCAGUUUUACCAGUC